CCUUUUAGUAGUUAGGAGGUGGCACAUUAGUGAGCAAUUGUUCUUCCCUAUAUAUAUGAUUUGUUAGAUAAGAAUAUCAUCAUCUUGUUAAUAAUGGCGUUCUGUUCUCACAAGACUCUGUUUGGGAUCAUGCUUUAUUCCAUUGUGAUCCAUUUUCUUGCCUUGCAACAUUGCUGUGCUGAUGCAAACUCAACACUGGUUGUAAAUGCUUCCAAUAAUGCAAGGAAAAUUCCUAACACUUUUCAUGGAGUAUUCGUUGAGGAGAUUAAUCAUGCUGGUGCUGGGGGACUGUGGGCAGAACUUGUUAGCAAUAGAGGCUUUGAAGCUGGAGCCGAAAACAAUAUAUUUUAUCCUUGGACAAUUAUUGGUAAUGAAGCAUCAAUUUCUGUAUCAAUUAGCCGUUCCUCUUGCUUUGACCGUAAUAAAGCUGCAUUAAUUAUGGAGGUUUAUUGUGGUGGUCACAAACCUUGCCCAUUUGGUGGCGUUGGUAUCUCUAACCCUGGUUAUUGGGGCAUGAAUAUUGAGCAAGGGAAGUGGUAUAAGGUGGUGUACCACGUUAAAUCAGAAGGAAAGUUUGAUUUUCAACUUUCAUUCACGGGUGUUGAUGUUAAAAAAGUGGCAUCACAUAUUACGCAUGUUCAUGGACAUGGAAAAUGGAAGAGGGUGGAGACUAUAGUGGAAGCAAAAGCUACUAAUCACAUUUCAAGCCUUCAAAUAACCACAACAAGGAAAGGGAGUUACUUGUUAGACCAGGUGUCAGUUAUGCCAUUGGACACUUACAAGGGCCAUGGCUUCCGAAAGGACCUUUUCCAAAUGGUGGCAGAUUUGAAACCAAAAUUUCUCAGAUUUCCAGGUGGUUGUUAUGUUGAAGGAGCUUAUCUCAAAGACCAAUUUCAAUGGAAAGAUACUAUUGGACCAUGGGAAGAGAGACCUGGACACCAUGAUAUGUGGGGCUAUUGGAGUGACGAUGGAUUUGGUUUUUUAGAGUAUCUUCAACUAGCAGAAGACCUUGGAGCAAUGCCUAUAUGGGUGUUUAAUGCUGGAAUCAGCCUUAAUGAUGGAGUCAAUAAAUCAGCCAUAGCACCUUAUGUGCAAGAUGCCCUCGAUGGCAUACAAUUUGCAAGAGGCUCUCCUACAUCGCCAUGGGGUUCUGCUAGAGCUGCAUUGGGACAUCCUAAACCAUUUGACUUGAGAUAUGUUGCCGUUGGAAAUGAAAAUUGUGGUCAACCUGAUUAUGAAGGAAAUUACCUUUAUUUCUAUGAAGCUAUAAGAUCUGCCUACCCAGAUAUUCAAAUUAUUUCAAACUGUGAUGCUUCUACCUCACCAUUAAAUCAUCCAUCUGAUUUGUUCGAUUUUCAUAUUUACACAGACUCCAAUGACAUAUUUUCUAAGUCUUCUCAUUUCGACCACACACCACGAACUGGUCCAAAGGCUUUUGUUAGUGAAUAUGCUGUGACGAAAAGAGAUGCUGGAAAUGGAAGUCUUUUGGCGGCAGUAGCUGAAGCUGCAUUUCUUAUUGGAUUAGAAAAGAACAGUGAUAUUGUUGAGAUGGUUUCUUAUGCACCACUUUUCUUAAAUAUAAAUGACAGGAGAUGGAUUCCCGAUGCAAUUGUGUUCAACUCAUAUCAGGUUUAUGGAACUCCUAGCUAUUGGGUGCAGAAACUUUUUAGUGAGUCCAGUGGAGCAACAUUUCUUGACUCAACACUCAAUACAAAAUCUAAUAAACUUAUUGCAUCUGCAAUUAUUUGGCAAAAUUCCAUGGAUAAGAAAAACUACCUAAGAAUAAAGGUAGUAAACUUUGAAACAACAUCUGAAAGCCUUACCAUUUUUAUAAACGGGUUGAACUUAAAUGUGCAACAAUAUGGUUCUACAAAGACAGUGUUUGCAUCAAACAAUGUAAUGGAUGAGAAUUCCUUCUUAGAGCCAAAGAAGGUGGUGCCACAAACAAGUUCACUAGUCAAUGCAGAUAAGGACUUGAAUGUGAUUCUCUCUCCCUAUUCAGUGACAUCAUUGGAUUUGUUAAUUUGAUUAGAAUCUAGUUACAGCAUAGGAAUGAUGUCACUAAAAUAAAAAUGAGGACAAAUAUAAAGGACAUUGUUCCUUUUUUUAACAUGAUCAAGAAAUGUAAUACAUCAUGGAUGGAUAGCAAAUGUAGCCUUUCUCUUCUCUCCCAAAUUGUGCUGCCUACAAUGAUCAAACCAAGUAACCAACCCCCCUGCAUGGAAGAGCUGAACUUGUGAAUGUUAUGAGGAAUAUUAGACUUAUAUUAUUGUUAUUUUUCCUCGUACUGUUGUUCAAAUUUGGAAGCCCAAACUUGUGGGUGUGUGAAAAUAGAUUCAGAUAGCGAGUGAGAGUAGAA